AACCUGGUCACUACAUCCACCGGCGCAUGGAAGCAAAAGAUUCGCCUCAACAGCUCGACAGGUGGAGUGACAGGAAUACACAAUUUACCAUCUUACCAGAAGAUUUAACAACAAACCAAGACCACUCUGACAAACAAUCUGAUUAUGCGGUGGUGGCUGUCAGCGGAGGGUAAGACGAACGUCGGCACCGGGUCACCAAGUCAGCUGUCUCCGAACCGAGACAUUGGUUGGGCCAGACCUCAUGACGCCAUCCCGUUCUUCUCGUCCCCUUCUCCAACACUUUUCUACCUCCAAAUUUGGUACACGCACUUUUCCCACCACAGCUCGGUAUGCCUAGGUACACAGCUUGACAGCCAACAGUCCGGGAUACCAUUCUGGGGGAUACGAGCAGUUCUGUCAACGUGCAAGGGUUUUUCCAUUCAUGUACUCCGUAGCUGUGCCGAUUUCGUUUUACCCCCAUGGCCACGUCAAAUCAGACGUAAUGGUGUGCAGCAUAAGGCUGCAGCAUCGUCUUGGCACCGGGCGGGAGAGACUGGCGUUACACAAGCUGUGGCAGCGCGCGAGUGCGCGAUUGCGCAAAAGGUGUUGCGCGCAAGGACUGAAGCAGGUAUGCGCGUCUGCAACGGGCCACGGCCGCAGGAUCGGAAUCCAUGUUGUUGGCCUCACCUGGACCACAUCUUUCUUUCAAGUGACUAUUCUCCCGGCUCAAUGAUCCCGUUUACAAGGGGGAGAGAGAGAGAUUAGCAAGACAGCUAACUAUCUUAUCUAGGUAGAGUGCCAAAAAGCAAAAAGCUCAGCCCCCCUCACGGAGGGCCUACGAAAAUCCCCUGGAGACUCUUACCAGCCUCAGGUGUAGCGAUGCAGGGGAUUUUUUCACGAGACUCGA